CACCACCUCGCGCACUCCACACAUGUCUCUAUCCUGAACCCAAGGACUACAUAACUCUACCCUCAAGCAGAAACCCCUUCCCCCCUGACGCAACUUUUGACCAUGUCUGCAUUUAACGAUGAUCCUGGGUUCAACGUUGGUGCCCUCGUUACCCUCUGUCCUCCAUGCCUUGAGCAAGGCGACAAUUUAUGGAUGGCAAAGCAGAUUGAGAUUCACCACAACCUGCCACCGGGAGAUGAUUAUGGGCGCCGUCAAAUCGACUGGUCGUUUGGUCCGGUUAAGACCGUUGGCUACGUCGAUACCAACACGACAAUCACUGUCAACAUCAAUCUUCUAUCGGCCAAGGGCAAGAUCAGUGUCUAUCUCAGAAAUGGCCAGGAGGUCUGGAUUCAUCUCGACAUUAAGAUCGUCUUUGACGGCCACUACCAGGGGAUUAUAAGAUCUACACUAUCUGAGUGA